AUGGUGCCAGCUCAGCGCUCCUGGCCUCCAGUGCGUCUCUUCGGCCCAGGAUAUCCUGCUCCGGCUCUGCGCACUGUGUCUCCGGUGCGUCUGCACAGCCCAGUGCGUCCUGUGCUAGCGCCCCGCAUUUGCCGGGCAAAAGUAACCAUCCAGCCAGGACGGGUUGUGCCAGCUCUAGUCUUGAGACCUCCAGUGCGCCUCCACGCCCCAGUGUAUCCGGUGCCUACUCCACGCACCAGGCUUCCAGUGCAUCUCCCCAGUCUGGUGAGACCUGUUCCAGUUCCACGUACAAGGUCUCCAUUAUGUCUCCCCAGCCUGGUAAGCCCUGUGGCAGCUCCACGCACCAGGCUUCCAGUACGUCUUCUCAGACCGGUGAGACCUGUUCCGGCUCCACGUUCAAAGCCUCCAGUGAUGAUCCAUGGCACGAAGCCUCCAGUGAUGAUCCAUAGCAAGAAGCCUCCAGUGAUGAUCCAUGGCACAAAGCCUCCAGUGAUGAUCCAUGGAAUGAAGCCUCCAUUGAUAAUCCAUGGCACGAAGCCUGCAGCGAGGGUCCCCAGUCUGGGGCCUGCGACGAGGGUCCCCAGUCCGGGGCCUGCGGCGAGGGUCCCCGCAGCAGAGGCGCCACCAAAGUGGGGGGAGCCCGAGAUGGAGUGGGGUCUGCAUCCCACACCGGAGCCGCCACCACAAUGA